AUGGCUGCUACCAAGCUGGUACUGCUCCUUUUCUCAGUGGUCCUGUUGGGCUUGAGCUCAGCUCAAUUCAACAAUGAGGAAGAUGAACAAAAAGCAGAUGAUUCAUUAGAUGCCCAAGCACCAAGUGACUCCCAGGUGGAUGAUGAGAAUGCUGGUGAUAACCAAGGCCAAAAACCAGAAGGUGGCCAGCAAGGAGGUAAGCCAGGUGGCCAGCAAGGAGGUCAGCCAGGUGGCCCUCAAGGAGGUCGUCCAGGUGGACCUCAAGGAGGUCGUCCAGGUGGCCAGCAAGGAGGUCGUCCAGGUGGCCAGCAAGGAGGUCAGCCAGGUGGCCAGCAAGGAGGUCGUCCAGGUGGUCAGCAAGGAGGUCGUCCAGGUGGCCAACAAGGUGGUCAGCCAGGUGGCCAGCAAGGAGGUCGUCCAGGUGGGCAGCAAGGGGGCCGUCCAGGUGGUCAGCAAGGAGGUCAGCCAGGUGGCCAGCAAGGAGGUCGUCCUGGUGGCCAGCAAGGAGGACGUCCAGGUGGCCAGCAAGGAGGUCGUCCAGGUGGCCAGCAAGGAGGUCGUCCAGGUGGCCAGCAAGGAGGUCAGCAAGGAGGCCAACAAGGAGGCCAGUAAGCUGUUUAGGAAGUCAGUCAUCCACACUAUCUACCCAAAAGUGCAGCAAAUGGAAUAUGGAGGUUGGAGAAGCACCACUGAAGUCCUUCUGUGGACCUGGACAUUGGGACAGUGUAUA